AUGACGGCAUGCAACAAGGUGCUCCACAACUCCCUGGCCACGCUCUCGGUCCAAAAGGGCUUUGGGAACUGCCGAUUUCUGCGGGGGCUCUCGCUCGACUACACGGAUUUAAACGACCUCGCGAAUGACUGCACCCUGUCGCCGACCUGCGUCAAGCUCAUCACGACGGGCUUUUUGAGCGAAAACCUAAUUGGCUGCAACGUGACCGACGUAAACACCAACUACACAAUGGCCAUCUCGGACUUUAGUACAAUCUGCUCGUCCCCUACAAAGCUCAGCGCUUUCACAAAACCACCAACGACCAUGCCACGUCCUGUAACGACCGGUGCGCCCAAUACGACGACCGUGGCUACCACGACGCGGCCACUGUCGACCACCGAGGCGGUCAAGCCCAACGCCACCAAUGUGACGAGCUUCGCAGCGCCGACCGGCCCGACCGUCAAAGCUACGUGGUCUCUUCUCGUCUGUCUAGCGCUGCUCUUGGUGUAG